AGUAUUUAGGGUUUGGUUUAGUUUCAGUUUUUCUUUAGAGCACUUAUGGUGAAAAAUUUCAUGAGUUACAAAUAUCUCAUAAAUACGCUUAAAAUUUCAUCAAUUUUUUUCCACACCAAACAAGUAUAUUUUUGUAAGCUCCCCGGUCACGAUCAAGAUCCAUUGAGCAACCUUUACCAAUAUGGGGACAUUGGGCAAUCAGUUUAUCCUAUCGCGGGAGCGCCGUCGCUUCGGACGCCAAUGUCUCUUCACCGACCGCAACGAGAUGAUCCUUAGUGUCCAGCCAAGCGGACGUCUGCGCCUAAAGUACAUCCUACGGAAUCCGAUUGACGAGCGGACCCAGCUCAGUCCACAGUACGCACUGUCUACAGCAAUCACCCAGAAUGUGACCCUGGACAACCACGGGCUAAACCACUAUGAAGGUGGCUGGAACGUUAAGGAGGUGAACGUAAUGGACGAGGAGGCCACUUUGCGCUACCGCAAAAAGGUCGAGCGCGACGACAGCUGGGGCAUUGAGGUAAACCAAAUACUACGCGACGUGAUGACUAUUAGUUCGCAAAACAAUUCAAUCAACAUAUAUCAAGAAUUUUUUAUUGAUUUGCCGGAAGAUUUGGGCCGCGGCAUCAAAAUAAACAUAACUGCCAAGAUUAUCAGUGUCUUCCAUGAUCUUUGGUUUCCGGCCAGGAAGCUCACUGCUUGCGAGUGGAGCACAUCAGAGCCCUGGUCGUUCAUUCUUACCUACUGCGAACCGCGCAGCAUGACACAGGACUAUGUGCCGCCCGAGAACCAGCUGCCUGACUUUGGCAACAACAAUCCCAAUGAAUUCUUCAAAUGGGACUCGGACGACCCUAUCCGACCGAUAGCCCACUACCGCUCUUCGCCCAGUUAUGGCAUGUUGAACACGAUGGUGCUUAUCGCCAAGGUCUGCAUGAGGGAGGAGAACUACAUGGUGGGCGGCUUCAAUAGCGGCCAGGUGUGUUACUGGAACUCGGACGAGUUUGGUCCGCCAAAAAAGAUCUGUCCCUUGGAGGCCUCACACCGCGAGGCAACCACCGCCGUCUGUUGGGUUCACUCAAAGUUGAACACCGAAUUCUAUUCCGGUUCGCUCGAUGGUUCUGUAAAGUAUUGGGACACUCGGGAUCUAGUGAUGCCGGUCCAUGAGAUUCUUUGCGAGCCUUUUCCUAACGAUGUGCAAAUCAGGCAAGACUCACACGGUGUCACAGUGAUGGAGUUCGAGUACACUAUCCCCAUUCGAUACAUCCUUGGCAGCGACAUGGGAUGGGUGUUUGCUUGCAACCGUAAAGGCACCACCGCCACGGAGACAAUUGCUUCCUGUUACCCGAUGUUCUGUGGUCCCAUUCGCACCAUUAUGCGAAAUCCGUUCUUCGUGAAAAACUUCAUGCUCAUCGGCGACUGGCGGAUGCGAGUCUGGUCAGAGGAAGUAAAGAACGCACCGAGCACCUUCUACUUCCGGCGGCGCCACCAACUAAUAAGCGGCGCCUGGAGCACUGGCCGCUGCUCCCUCUUUGUCCUCGGAGAUAAUCGAGGGAACCUCGAAUUCUUUGACCUUAUCAUGUUGCAUAGCAGACCCAUAUUAACCAUAAAGUUUAAGUAUCCGGUGGUUCAUCUAAUGUUCCGGCCAGAUGGCCAGGUCCUCUCCGUGGGCCUGGGCAAUGGGGAUUGUAUACUAUUGCGGAUGGACGAGGGCAUGCGUUCGGCCACCGUCAAGGAGAAAUCCCUUAUGAUGGCGAUGUUUGAACGGGAAAUCUCACGGUGCAAACUCUUAGAGGCCCGCGAGGAGGAGAUCAAGCUCAAGAAGCGACUCACCAUCCUUCAUGAGGAAGAGGCCCGCAAAACCUUGGCCAAAUUGGAAGCCAAGAAGAAAAAGAUAUUGGCCAAGAAGGAGGCAGCGCCCAAAGAGGAAGACGAAGCCACUAUUCUUCUGCGGCUCAUCGAGGGCGACGAGGAGUUCAGCAAGACCAUGAUGGAAUUUAACGAAAUUAUAGAUUUAGUUACGGCCAAACGAUCUAAGAGGAUUAAUUCAAUAGAACGUACUGUAUUUGAGAGGGAUCUAUAUUAUUAAUAUUUGACUAUAGUUUACAUUUUUGGCAAGUAUUUUUGCACAGAUAUGUCUAACUUUUAUGUUGAAUAUGCAUUUAAAUAAAAUUAUGGAAAUAUUA